GCGCUGUCCCUCAGCUCUCCCUGGAGGCUUUCGAGAACGGAAGCAUGCGGGUGGUCUGUCAAUCGCCCGGCUGGUACCCGCAACCGGAGAUGCUGUGGAAAGAUCCCAGCGGCCAGCAUCUCCCCUCAGUCUCCCUGAGACAUUCCUCCGAUGCAAGAGGCCUGUUUAAUAUCGAAGGCGUCAUCAUUGUGACCAGGAACAAACAUGGGAACUGGUCCUGCGUG